AUGUCCCGUCGUGUGUUGUCCAGCGAUAAAAUAAUAGAAUUGCUCGGAAACGGAGAAAACUCUGAUUUAUCUGAUUUCUCUGAUGGUUCAGAUAAUAAUGAAGAAGAUGAAUUGGAUAAUCUGCUAGCUAUGAAUGAAGUAUAUGAAAAUUUUGAUUUUCAAAAUAUAGAGGAUGAUAUAGAUUGGAAUAUUGAUAAUAUUGAUGAUGAUAUUGUGGUUGAAACAGAAAAUGUUGAUAGAGUGCUGGAAAAUCCAACUACAUCGUAUAAAUAUCAUAGUGUGAGAAAAGAAAACAUAAAAUGGGACGCAAAGCCACUUACUACAAGAGAAAUUGUUUUUACAGCAGUACCAGAAAAAGAUUUUCCAAGUGCCCCAUUACCACCUAUAGAAUAUUUUCUAAAAUACUUUUCAACUAUAUCAUUUGACGACAUGGCACAUUUUACCAAUUUAUUUGCUCAACAAAAUAAUACUAGAAACUGGACAGAUACUAAUGCAUCAGAAAUGAAGGUAUUUAUUGGAAUACAUUUGUAUAUUGGUAUUAUUGGGUUCCCUCGAGUCAUUAUGUACUGGCAGCCAGAUUAUCGAAUAGAUAUAAUAGCAGAUAACAUGACAAAAAAUAGAUUUUUUGAACUAAGAACUAAUUUUCAUGUACAAGAUAAUUUAUUAAAUCCUACAGACAAUAGUGAUAAAUUUUUUAAAGUAAGACCUUUGUACAACUCAAUAAAAAAAAGAUGCAAUGAACUACAUACUGAAAAAAACCUAUGCAUUGACGAACAAAUGGUACCAUUCAAAGGACGCCUUGGUCUCAAACAAUAUAUGCGUG